GCAUUUUCUCUCCUCGUGCCUGCUGUAUUCGCUGAGCAGCAGAAAGCGCGUGUGCGUGUGUGGGUGGCCUGCAGUUCCCGCGUGACGACGACGAUCACCCUUUCUUUCUGAGGGAUUAAAGAUGUAUCUGUGCGUGCCCACACAUCAAAGCAACUUCCAUUGUGGCCGCCAUCGAGCACUACGAUUUGAUUCACGUUGUACCCUCAGUCUUUUCAUCGCGGCUGGAGACCACCGACCUUUGCGGAAAGAAAGGAAGCAAAAACAAACCAGGGUCUCGCUUCCUGUGUGUGUUUGUGUUGAAGCUACCCUUGGGAGUCCACGGAGCAGCCUCUCCACUCCCGCCCCGAACAUCAACAACCAAGGAAAAGAGAGGAGGCGAGACCACCGCUCAAACGACGAUUUUUAGAGUCGCUUAGUUCUUUCCGCGAUGGGCAGCUGCUUAGGAUACCUAAAGGACACCAUCCCGGCAGCUCGGAAGCCGUCCCAGCGCGUGCCGGCCCAACCACGCCGCAACCCUCUCCUGGACUGCAAGAGCACCUCCUACACCACGGUGAGUAGCGGUGACGACGAUAGCGACGGUGGCUACAGUGGCAGCCCAACCCACGAUGGGACGUCCGCCUCUGACUCCACGUCCGCCUCUGACUCCACGUCCGCCUCUGACUCCACGUCCUCUUCCCGUUCUUCGUCGGAGAAGUCCUCCACUACCAGCUCCAGCAGCAGCUCCAAUCAAUCCGGCAGUUUGAACAGCUUCGGCAGCGAGGACGUCUUCUCGGUCGAGUCCGACCCGCAAGAACGCGCCCGGCGGGCGGCGGCGUCGUUUCUGCAGUGGAAGGACAAGGAGUACGUCCCCCUCAACCCGGAGGAGAAGCGCGCCAUCAAGGAGUACCGCAAGACGGUAGCGACAGAGGAGGGGACGUACAUGAGCACGCGUGCGCAGCGGCCCCGUCCUGACGCCCCACGCCGAAGGAAGACCCGCGAAGGCGACUACAUCCCUCUCGACAACCCGGUGGAGAACAGCGCUUUAAAACGUCGCUUCAGCCAAAUUCGGUUUACGGAGGCGGUGGCAGCUCCGGCAGCGCCGGACGUGCACAAUGAGGCUGUGCUGGUGCCGCUGGAGGGCGGAGUUGAGCUCCCCGCGCUGAUGCCGGCGGCGUCCAUUUUGAGCAAGUCUUCCAUGACGAACGUGGUGGACGACGUGCCGGACUUUUACGGUGCGGAAACACUAGAGAACUCUACCUCCGACCCGGCGCUUCUUUGA